CCUACGAUAUAGAAUUGAACUUUGUCUCGAGGUUAACACGGUGUCGGUCCCUACUACCUCAUUGUGCAAAGGUCGGAAAAGUAAUCCUAUAAUAGGAUAAGCGCUAUUAUUUUUGUUUACUUUGAUGCUCGAUAUAGGUUUCUAAGACUUGUUCUCGUAAGGAAAGGGGUACUCUACUAAUCUUUAAGAUGAACUUCGCUCUGGAGACGCUACAGGUGCUGGCCUUGUCCAUAUAUUAUAACAUGGAGGCACUUGUAAAACUCUUCAUCCCUUCGCGGAAGAAGAGCGUUGCGGGAGAAACUAUCCUCAUCACAGGGGCGGGUAGCGGCAUCGGCAGGCUGAUGGCGCUUGAGUUCGCCUCCAUGGGCGUAACGCUGGUGCUGUGGGACAUUAGCCAGGAUGGCAACAAGGAAACGGUUCGACUGGUGAAGCAAAAGGGCGCGGCCAGAGUCCACUCAUACAUCUGUGACUGCAGCAACAAGGCAGAGGUGUACUCAGUGGCUGACCAGGUGAAAAGGGAAGUGGGAGACGUGACAAUCCUGAUAAACAAUGCAGGCAUUGUCACAGGGACGAAGUUCAUGAAUGCUCCCGAUAGCCUGAUUGAGAAGUCUAUGGAGGUCAACUCCAAUGCUCACUUCUGGACUUACAAGGCGUUUCUCCCUGCAAUGAUAGCCAGUAACCAUGGUCACCUGGUGAGCAUCGCAAGCUCUGCUGGACUGAUUGGAGUCAACGGCCUGGCAGAUUACUGUGCCAGUAAGUUUGCGGCUGUGGGCUUUGCUGAGUCUGUGGCACUGGAGCUGCUAGCGACAAAGAAAAACGGAGUGAAGACCACUAUUGUGUGUCCCUUCUUUAUUAACACGGGGAUGUUUGACGGCGCUGUCACCAAAUGGCCCAUUCUCAUGCCCAUCCUGGAACCUGACUAUGUGGCCAAGAUGAUCGUCCGUGCUAUCCAAACUGACCAAGUGUACCUGUAUAUGCCUCGGAUCCUCUACCUCAUCCUCGCCUUCAAGAACAUUUUGCCCACUAAGAUGGGGCUCCUCUUGGGAGACUACAUGGGGGCAUUCAAUUUCAUGGAUGCAUUCAAAGGCCAUGGGAAAAAGGACUGAAGCAUUCAAUAAGUGCUCAGGAGGGGAGGAUCUCAAUCCAUUUCCUGCAUGAAGUGUUGCAGUUUACAGCCCUUUGUGAAUCUAGACUACAUUUUAAUAAGCAUUUCUGACUUUUAUAAUGGAAGUAAUAUACAUGUCCUACAUAUCAGUGCCUAACUGCCUAUACAUGUACAUAUACGAAAUUCACUGUAGAAUUGAAUUGGUAGUGCACAAAUAAUUAUCGCCUAUGAAGGAUGUUUUAAAGAGCCAUUGGCAGUAUACAGAGAUGAUGCACUCGUAUGAAACUAUGGUUACUAAUUCUACCAUAUAUGUUGUUACCUCUUGUUUUACUAUUGUGUGGGAAUACCGUAUGAAGUAAAUGUCUGUCAUUUUACGUCCAAUGAGAUUUCUCUCCUGAGAGUCACUUGAAAUCUAUUCAUUUACAAAAGCUACUGCUUUAAAGUGGUUGUUGAAUGAUAUCUUGCUUUUAUGUAUUUUAAUCGAAGUAUAUGCAUUGUUAGCCUUAAUUAUAUUAUAGUCUUAUUAUGUAGCUUGUUCAAAAGUAUCCGCAUCAAAAAUGUAGUUGGGAUAUUAUAUUGCCAUGGCAAUAAAGCUGCUAAGAAACUUUAAUAAUUUAAUAAUAUGCCAAAGUAUACUUUAAAGGUUGCUGAUGUUUCAACUCGUUAUGUGAUAGUAUGAAAUUAUGGACAUAUCAUCAUUAUUCAUUUACAGGUGCAGCCAUGGUUAUCUUUUCAGAUAAUCCCCAUCGUAUAUCAUGUCUUAAUGAUUGACCAUGUAUGCCUCAUAUUAAUCUUUGCUUGCUGGAAAGUUCAAUGUUUGGAAAGCUUUACAACUGUCUGAUCGCAUAAUAAAAGAUACAUGGUUUAUCUUCUUUAUGCCAUUGACUAAAAGUAGGACAUCUGUUCAAAGUAAUAGAUUGGCACAGAGUAAGAGACGUUCUUUGCUUGAUUGCUUGUUUGAUAAUGAGUGCAACUCUUAAUCGGUAUUCUGAGAGCCACAAUGUUGUAGUGCACAUCUGCUGUGUGCAGGGGAUUGUUGAUUAUAGGCAUCAUCUCAACAUUUGCAUGGAAAAACACACUCUAGGAAUCUGCAGAUCUGGUGGAUCCUCACAGUCUGACAGUGGUCAGUCACCAUUAAAACAUUUAACAACCCUACUUAUCAUUCGCCGAUUCGAGGGGAAAACAACAUUGCUGUACACCUCAAUAGCCAGAUUUGAGGAAGCAGGGUAAUGUGUGGGUGGCUCCGUCAGUAAAGCAACAGCACCACCUCGCGUAAAUGGCUCUGAAACACUAAUGCGAAACAAUAGCACUGGCAUACAACCGACACUACAUGACAUGAUACACAUUUGUCGAAAUACAAUACAACUGAAGCUUUUCAAAUGUGUUUUAUUGUAUCAAGUCAUAGGCUUACAUAAUGCAUGCACUUGAAACAAUCAGUACAAAGUUAAGUAUUUUCACCAAUUAACCUGGUCCCAGAUCUGCAUAUGCCCUCACGAGUAUGUGAUUCAAAAUACUAGCCAACUGAGAUUCCAAGGGGUUUGGCUAACUGCAUAUACUGUAUGUGAUGGUGUAUACACUGCGGCAGCAUGGAUUAUUGAAUCAGAAUAUGACCCACUUUACUACUGGCACUCAUUUAUUUAAACCUGCCCAACAGAGUCGACCUUUACAUUGCAAGACUGUUUAGCAUAACAGCGAAUCAGAUGUUGGCCAAAGCACAUUUGGGACUCCCGAGUGGCGUAGUGGUCUAAGGCACUGCAUCUCGGUGCUAGAGGCAUCACUACAGACCCUGUUUUUAAUUCCAGGCUGUAUCAUAACCGGCUGUGAUUGGGAGUCCCAUAGGGCGGCGCACAAUUGGCCCAGCAUCGUACGUAUUAGGGUUUAGCUGGGUAGGCCGUUAUUGUAAAUAAUAAUUUGUUCUUAACUGACUUGCCUAGUUAAAUAAAUAAAAAACAAUACAGAUCUGC